AGCUGUUUUUUUAGCUAUUUGCACUUUGAACUUGUGCUUGUUUCGGCAAACUGUGUCAAACUUGGAUACGCGUGUUUCAAUAUAUGUACCUACAUCGGUGGUGUUUGCCCCAAAUUGCCAUUCAAUACUCUCUGUUCGACUCAACAUAGAGUGCGCGCUCUUUAGUCAUAAACUCGUGCCCGUGCCAGCAACAGCAUUUGGACAACAUCAUCCGCAGGACAGAAAAACAACAUCAUGACGCACUGGGAGGACUUCUACAAUACACAUCUGCCGCCCGCAGACUUCGAGGAUAAUCGCUCACUGCUAAAGGAGUUCUGCGAGCGACACAAUAAGCUGCAGAACCGCAUUGUGCUCGUCACGUCGGGCGGCACCACUGUCCCCUUGGAGCAUAAUACAGUGCGGUUUGUGGACAACUUUAGCGCUGGGACUCGUGGUUCGGCGAGUGCAGAGUACUUCUUAGACCACGAUUAUGCCGUCAUCUUUAUGCAUCGCCACAAGUCUCUGGAGCCCUUCACGCGCCACUUCACUGGCCAGCAGUUCUUCGAUAUGCUCGAUAUUGCGGACAACAGCCAGAGCUCCACGAUAGCCAUCAAGCCGGACUCAGUUGAUGUCUUUGCUCCCGUACUGGCGAAAUACAAGAUUGCGCGCGAGACCCAAAUGAUACUCUACGUGAACUUCACCAGCGUUGUCGACUACAUGUGGCUGCUGCGCGCCGCCUGCGAGUGCUUGGCUGCGUUUGACGAGCGUGCUGUGUUAUAUUUGGCAGCUGCCGUAUCAGAUUUCUACAUACCCGAGGACAUGAUGCCCACACACAAAAUGCAAUCAGGAGAUGGAGCACCAACUAUAUCGUUGCAAUUGGUGCCAAAAAUGUUGGCACCACUCGCCAGUCUGUGGGUGCCGCAUGCUUUUGUGGUGUCCUUCAAACUGGAAACGGACGAGAAUCUAUUGAUUGUCAAGGCACGCGACAGCCUCAACAAAUACAAGCAUAAGUUGGUUAUUGCCAACGUCCUUCAGACACGCAAACACCGUGUUGUCUUUGUAACUCCAACAGAUUCCUAUGAGCUGCAUUUGAGUCGCGAACAGGCGCUGCAGGGCCUGGAAAUAGAGGAGCCCAUUGUGGCCGAUGUGGUGCAAAAACACGGCGACUUCAUCAGCAGCGCCGAACAGCGACAAUGACCGUUGUCGAUGCGCCGCCGGCAACAACAGCAGCAGCAGCAGCAGCAGCAGCACUUUCGUCAACUAGCAAUUGGCGGCAGCAGCAGUAGCAACGAUGACACCGCCGCAGCAACGGACUAUUGCGUGACCAGUUCGCAUUAUUGUCGCGUCCUAAAUCCGGGCACGCCAACUUUCGGCCGCAAAUAUUGAGCAGGUUAUAGCGCCAAGUCCAUUUGCAUAGUUCGUACAUUUAAGUUGUAGUUAUCUAUAUUUAUGGUUAAUAUCUAUCUAUUUAUGGUCACGCCCUAGUUAGACGGACCAUAAUUGAUGUUGAUGGUGGUUAACAUGUUUUGUUUUGUAUGUAUUUAGUACUUUUGUUGUUCAUGUAUAUUUGGUUUAUCGUUGGCUGUUUGAAAAAUGAUGUCACCCACAUAA